AUGAGAGCCAUCCAGAUCAAAGAGUUCAACGCUCCCUACGCGGUCUCAGAAGUAGAUAAGCCCAAACCCGAACCUCAUCAGCUUCUCGUGCAGAUCAAAGCGGGCGGGUUCUGUCAUACGGACUGCAUGGCUCUCAACGGAGAAUUCAACACCGAAUUGCCGUUCAUCGGAUCUCAUGAGCCAGCUGGUAUUGUCGUUGAAGUUGGGUCAGAAGCUGAGGGCUUUGAGGUCGGUGACCGGGUUGGAUGUCUGAACUUUGACAGCUGCUGUGGAAAGUGCCCGGACUGUAAGGCUGGAAAGCCAAUCUACUGCGAUGCUCCGAAGAUGAAGGGCAUCACCGCGGAUGGAGCAUGGGCAGAUUACAUGGUCGCCGACGCUCGCUUCACAGCCAAGCUGCCAAAUGAACUCGACUUCCCACAGGCAGCCUGCAUGAUGUGCGCCGGCAUUACCAUCUACGGAGGAAUCAAGAGAGCCCAAGUCCCACCCGGAGGCUCAAUCGGCAUUGUCGGGAUUGGUGGAUUGGGUCAUAUCGGAACUCAAUUGGCCAAAGCAAUGGGCUACAAAGUCGCAGCCAUCGAUGCAAAGCAAGAUACCCUAGAUCUCGUCUCAUCAUACGCCCUAAAACCCGACAUGACGAUACUCGCCACCGACUCCCCCUCAACCUCCAUGAAGAAAAUCACAGACGUCGUGCAAAGUGAUUACCCAGGUCUCGACGCCACGGUAAUAGCAACCGACGUCCCCGCAGCAUUCGAUUUGGCGGCCCAACUCACGCGCAAGCACGGCACGAUGGUUCUUCUAGGUCAGCCCGAGAAAGGCAUCACACUAUCCUAUCAAAACAUUAUUUUCAGAGAUAUAAAGCUUGUGGGCUCUUUGCUGGCUGAUCGUGAUCAGUUGGUGGAGCUGUUGGCGUUGGUGGUGAAGCACGAUAUUCGCGUCAAGGUUAAGGAGUGGAAGCCUGAGGAUGCGGAGAAGAUGAGGCAGGAGUAUUUGACUGGUAAACAGAGUGGGAAGAACGUCAUUGUAUUCUAG